CCACGCUCCCACAUGCCUGUAGACUCUAGCGUUUGAAAUUCUGCUGAGAAGGAUUAUAGGGCCCCGUGGAUUUCGUGGAAACACCUGGGAUCUACUACAGGAAAAGGCAGAAAACCAGACCGAGAAGGAGUGUCAGCACUGCUAACUAGCUGGGGUCCAGUUGCCGCGUUGUAAAAGUGCAAGGCAAAUCCAUUUAGGAAUUGGUCUGCUUAAACGACUCACAUAGCACGUCUCCAUUGGUCAUCAUGGGGGAGCAACCCAUCUACAGCACCCGAGCUCAUGUCUUCCAGAUUGACCCUAACACGAAGAAGAACUGGGUUCCCACCAGCAAGCAUGCUGUUACUGUGUCCUACUUCUAUGACAGCACAAGAAAUGUCUAUAGGAUAAUCAGCUUGGAUGGCUCAAAGGCAAUAAUAAACAGCACCAUCACUCCCAACAUGACAUUCACUAAAACAUCACAGAAGUUUGGUCAGUGGGCAGAUAGCAGAGCAAAUACUGUUUAUGGCUUGGGAUUUUCCUCUGAACACCAUCUCUCAAAAUUUGCAGAAAAAUUUCAGGAAUUUAAAGAAGCUGCACGGCUAGCUAAGGAAAAAUCCCAAGAAAAGAUGGAAUUAACAAGUACACCCUCACAGGAAUCUGCAGGAGGUGAUAUUCAAUCUCCUCUUACACCUGAGAGUAUUAAUGGAACAGAUGAUGAAAGAACAACCCCAGAAGUGACGCAAAACUCAGAACCAAGGGCUGAACCAACCCAGAAUGCAUUACCAUUUGCGCAUAGUUCAGCAAUCGGCAAGCACUGGGAGGCAGAACUUGCAACACUCAAGGGUAACAAUGCCAAGCUUACAGCAGCUCUGCUCGAGUCCACUGCCAACGUGAAACAAUGGAAACAACAGCUUGCUGCAUAUCAAGAGGAAGCAGAACGUCUACAUAAGCGAGUGACUGAGCUGGAGUGUGUUAGUAGUCAAGCAAGUGCGGUCCACACACAUAAAACAGAAUUAAACCAGACAAUACAAGAAUUAGAGGCAACGCUGAAGAAAAAGGAAGAGGAAAUAGAAAAAUUGAGACAAGAAAUCGACAAUGCCAGAGAACUUCAGGCACAGAGGGACUCUUUAACUCAGAAGUUACAAGAAGUGGAAGUUCGAAACAAGGACCUAGAAGGACAACUGUCUGACCUAGAGCAGCGUCUGGAGAAAAGUCAGAAUGAACAAGAAGCUUUUCGCAAUAACUUGAAAACACUUUUAGAAAUUCUUGAUGGCAAAAUCUUUGAACUAACAGAACUACGAGAUAACCUGGCCAAGCUAAUAGAAUGCAGCUAAAGAAAACGGGAUCUCAGUGCCAACCUUCUUAAAGAUGCACUGUCUCUCUUCGUAGGACUUUGUUGGGCUCUGCAUCAAAGUUGCACAAAAUUAGGAAAACGCUCCUCCAGGAGGGCCUGUUUUAAAUUUUCAACAAUAUAUUUCAGUGUAAAAUUUUAGAAUUCAGCUUGUAGCUAGUUGGGGAAAAAUAAUAACUUGAACUACAAAUUACCUCCUUGUAUAUAAUUGGCCAUAGAUAACUCGAAAGAUAUUAACAGUAAUUGAAUGCAAUCCUUUUCUAUUAUUAGCCAGUGAAAUAUUGAGAAGUGCCCCAUAUGGCAUCCCUUUUAGUGUUAGACACGUUGUAGAUGAUCUGUCUUAUUUUGUUUUUAUUUUGUUGGUUAAGACACUCAAUUGCUGUGUUUUGUGCAAGAACUUUGCGAUGACAGCCCUCUCUUUUGUUGUAAUCUUAAUAAUUUCUCAGGAUAUUUUGCACUGUUAAGAAAUAGUGCAUUACUAAUUAAUUCUUGCCAGGCGUGAGAGAGAGUUGCAUCUUUAAUUCAUACCUAGUGAGUAACUGCUUGUAUAGAGUUCUUCCCUUUUUUAUACUGGAAGAUACUGUAUUUAUUUAUGAUGUUCACUCUGGUGUUCACUAAUAUUGUCCAGUGUAUGGUUUACUUUUCUCUGUUUAAGUUCAUGUAUGUAGAAGUUCUGUGUUCCAUUUUGAAGCCUAUCUAUGAAGACAGGUGAGUCCCUGAAAAGUAUUUUCAAAUUUGCUAUAUACAGAUAAGCAUCCAUCUAGUCUUAUUUAUUAAUACCACAUAUGUUUAAUAUUCACUGUUACCAACAUAUGUUUUAAUAAUUCUUUUAACCAAAACUUCUUCAGAGUAACCAGUGCAGCUUGCUAUAGAUAUACUGUGGAUAUACAGCAAUUGCCAGGGUGUUUACGUUGACCUUGCUCAUUCAAAGAAAUUGUAUAAUCACAGGAAAUUGGAGAUAUUUCCCCCUCCUCUUUGAACCUUCACAUCACAUGUUUAUCAAAACCACACCAGGCAAUAUUCUGAAUUUCAAAACAGGAAUUGAAUUCAGUUAUCCUCAGUGAACAUGUUUUUAAGUUGUUUUGAUGUGAUUUACAAAGACUUUUGCCAAACAUGUAUUUCUUUAUAUAAUAUUUUUUAUUUUAAAGAGAAAAAAAUGAAAGGUAAGCCAAGUGUCAAAUGUCUGCUUACUGAAUGGGAGUUGCAUUAUGGGACAAUCUUGCUGUAAAUUGUCUAAUAUUGGAGAGGAUUUUUAAAAUGAAUGGGGGGGGGAAAUCAAACACAAAGAUGCACUGACCUUUUCUUUACACCCAAAUUAAUUUGAAUGUUAAAUGCAAAAUCCAGCUUGAAUAUAAACUCUGUACAAUAGAAUUUUUUUUCCACUUAAGGACUGCUAUUCAAAACUAGAUAAUAUAAGUCGGGUUUUUUAUGUGUGUACUGUAUGUAUAUACUGUAUAAUACACACAUUCUAAUUUGUAUUCAAAGUGGGAAAAAUACAUGGUGGGUUAAUUUAUAAAAUGCCAUUUUCUUUAUCUGUAAUUUAACAGGUGUCUCCUGAAAUGUCAGGAUUACUGUUUAGCUAACAGUAAAUUAUCAUGUAUUAUACUGUAUGUACUGUACACAUCAUUUGAGUUUCAUCCAUAUUUUAGAGUAUUCUGCCACUUAUUUUAUUUAUUACUGGAGAAAAUAUUUGUUCAUUGCAUUCAUAGGUAAAAGCUUUCUAUGGUGAUUUUUUUUUUUAUAGCUAGAUGUUAACGAUGUGUAACUUUAUCAGGUCCAGGACAGUAGUGAUUACCUGAUUUUAAUUUACCUGGAGAAGUUUGUACCUGAUUCUCUUGCUAUAUGAGUGUCAAUUGGAAACAUCUUCAGAAAAGUAUAAAAUUGGUGUAAUUGUAGGAGGAAUGAAGUAUGUUCAUGAGUGUUAUUAAUUAUAACAAGUUAGAACAGAAAUUUGAUGGCAAAAAAUGUAACAUUAUUUUUAAUGAGAUCAAAAUUUUUAAUACAAUGACAUUUACAUGUGGGAAAAUAGUUUACAAAAUAUUUCCACUGAAAUGCUGUGUAUAUGUGUGGUACAAGAAAUUUAUUUGUAUAUGUACACAUACACACACAUGUAUAUACAGUACAUGGAAAAAUUUAAAUGUGCACAUUUUUAAUAUUUUCCUAUUGAAAUUAAAUUUGAAAAUUGGAAAUCAAUAUUUGAGAAUUUCUUUUCUCAUGUAUAUUAAGAUGCUUGACUUUGGGUUCUUUUGUUUGUAAAAAUAAAAUCUAUGAGGGCUGCACCAUUGAACUCCCAAAAGUCAUCCAAUAUGUAUAUGGGAUAAGUGGAAUUAAGUGCACAUAUAAAUAAAAUCCUAUUGUUAAGAAUAUUUUAAUGUUCAUUUACGGUAGGUGGGUGUUUAGAAAUUGUAUUCUAGAAAUUGUAUUCUGAAAUUCCUAAUUAGGUGAUCAUACCUACUUUAGCCACUUCUGUAUUAUUAAGGUAAUAAUUGGCAUAAUGGACAAAGUCAUGUUUUCCCCAGAGACUGGUAUUACAUAUUGUAUCUAUCUUAAGAGAAACUGUGGGAAUAUAUAUGCCAGAAAAUGUUGGGUACUGUGGACAAACAAACAAACAAACAAGAAAUUACAUAGGAGAACAAUUACCCUGUGUACUUGUCAUAUGACAAUUAUGGAGACUUGUUUUAAAAAAACACCUUUCUUUUAAAACCCAACAAAUACAGUUUUUAUUUUGAAAUACAAUUGCUGUUCUGGAGAAUGUACUUUACUCAUUUUUUUCUUCUUCAGCUCUUUUUAAGUAUUACAAACUGUUCAAUGGAUGGCAGCAUUUACCUUAAUCCUUCAGGUGCUACUGGAUUUUGAAUUAGAGUGUCAUGUUGUGAAAUUCUGACUUUGACAUAAAAAGGUUUUAUAAGUACA